UUUGUUGAUGCUGAGCGAUAUUUUGAGACUGCAUCGCGGGGUGAAGAUGCCGGCGUUUUUUCUACAAUUUCGCCUGUCUCCUCCUUGAACGGAACGAAGGAUAACAUUUUCAAGUCUUGGGCUGCAAUGUUGGAUGUAACGACAAGUUCGACGAUGUAGGAAAUCUUAUUUGAUACUUGCAAAUGAAUGGAGGUUCAGAGGUGAGGGGAUUUCUACAACAUCACAUACCAUCAACGAUGAGUGAAGUUUGCUGCUCAUGUACGAUGGUGAUUAUAUCAUCGAUUGAAGGCAACCCCAGGCCUGCACUGCUUUGUGAAUUGACAAGGUGAUGAUCAACCACUUCGUCUUCUAUGGUUCAAUAUGAACUACGGCAGAAGGAUCUCUCUGCCAAAGUUCAAGACAAAAGUUAAACUUGAAAUGUACGAUGAAUCCAGUGAAGGUGACAAGCAAGGGUGUAAAAGAAAGUGUCGCAAUGCAAGUGAAAAGAAGCGCCGAGAUCAGUUCAACUGUCUUAUCCAGGAACUUGGAUGCAUGGUGUCCUCCAAGAACCGCAAGAUGGACAAGUCAGCGGUUCUCCGCUCGACCAUCAACUUCCUUAAAGUUCAUAAUGACAAUGCUCUCAAAUCAGAGACUUCAAUCAAGGAGAAGUGGAAGCCAUCCUUUCUGUCGGACAACGAGUUCAGUCAGCUGAUGCUGGAAGCAUUGGAUGGAUUCCUCAUUGUCUUCUCACAACAGGGGCACAUCUUAUACACAUCCUGCAGCAUUACCUCACUCUUAAGACAUUUACCCAAAGACUUAGAAAGUUGUACAAUAUAUGAAUUAGUCCACGAAGACGACCGACCCAAGAUCUUCAAGAUUCUGUCUGAGGUGGAGACGAACCAGGGCAAUGAGGAGGAUCUUGUCAGCAAACGCUUUACAUUCCACUGCCAGAUGAGAAGGGGAUCGCUGCUCUCCAAAGAUCUCGCUGAGUAUGAGCUUGUUAAAUUCCAUGGCAACUUCACCCUUAUCAAUAAUGAGGAAGGCAUUCUACCCCUCGAUGUGGGGUUAACGCGCUACUGCUUUGUGGGGACAGUUCGUUUACAGACAACUCAACUCAGUCGUGAGAUGGCCACAUUCAGUGAGCAACAAAACAAGUUCAUGUCAAGACACAGUCUAGAUUGGAAGUUUCUUUUUCUGGACCAUAGAGGACCUCCGAUAAUCGGAUACUUGCCAUUUGAAGUGCUGGGUACAUCUGUGUAUGAUUACUACCAUCAAGAUGAUCUGGAGAAAGUUGCACACUGCCAUGAAGCAUUGAUCCAAAUCAGCGAGGGGAUAUCGUGCUACUAUCGUUUCUUGACCAAGGGACAGGAGUGGAUCUGGCUGCAGACACGUAAUUACAUCACGUACAACCAAUGGAACUGCAAGCCAGAAUUCAUCGUAUGCAUGCAUCAAGUGGUCAACUAUGCUGAAGUUCGCAAUGAUGUCAACACAUCUCUGAACCUUACCGAGGACUCGAGAGUAGCCGCGGACAAGUCUGACAGCGGGGCGACAAUGGACUCCCAUACCAGCACUUCUGAUACUUGUAUGUCGGCAUCCAUUUCACCAGCAUCCUCGAUCGAUGGAGAACACUUCCCUAAAAAGCACAAGAAGACCAAGACGUCUUUAGAUAGUUUUCACAACAGUGGAAGCAGCGUUGAGGUAAUCCGCAAGUCUAGCCAGCCAGCACAUAAACCUUCAUCCCACCAACCUACCGUCCAAUCUCACCAGCCAAACCCACCGAGGCCCCACUACCUUCCACCCCCACUUCAGUCCAACAUCAGCAGUCCCAAGAGCACCUGUACAGACACAAGUAGCCACCUGCAUUCAGAUCAAGAAGUUUUUCCAAGUUCUUCCUCGAACAUCAGUGUGCAGCCAGCCCAUGACUUCAACAAAAACCACUUACAGCGGCAGCAGCAAAAACAACAACAGCAACAACAACAACAACAGCAACAACAACAGCAGCAACAACAGCAGCAGCAGAAUUCCUUAGCACCUGAGCUGGUCAUGAUCCAGAUAAAGCUACAAGAGCAGCUUGUACAACGGCAUCAGAAACUUCAAGAUGCUAUUGUGCAGCAGCAGAAAGAGCUGCAGCAGGUGCAGCAGCAGUUGCUUGUGGCGCAGCAGUUUCUUAUACAGAGCAAUCCAUUCCUGCAAAGUAUUAUGCAGCAAACGGUUCCAAAACCAGAAACUACCAUGGCUGUUUCCCAACCAGCCAUUGCCAGCACAAGUUCUGUCCGAACUACGACUGAGGAACCUGGUCUAGUCACGGACCCAUCCUCUGCAUCACGUCUGAAGAUGCUAAAUACAGGGGCCAUGGCUGCAGCCGCAUUCUUCCCACACAUGUUGCAGGCUUCAGAUCCACCACAGCAGCAGUCAGAAGGACACCAGCAACAAGGGCAAUCACAGCAAGCGCUACACCAUCAACAGGUAGCAAUAAGGAAUCAGUCAUUGUUCCAGGGUGUCUCAGUGGACCCAUCAUUAUCCAGGGUGCCAAUGCCUUCCUCAGCUCCCAUGUUCCAACCUCCUGAAGCGCUGCCCGUCAUGCAACCUGCCAUGCACCCCUUGAUGCAUCAAGGCAUGGCAUCCUGCUUCACCACCCCCAGUAUAACCACCACCAGUUUAUCCUCGCCUGGUUUGAAUGUCACCAGAAUGACCACCAUGGACGACGAAAGGUUCCUUGCCCCGGGUGGCUUGGACUCCUCCAGACUCUCUUUACCCACAAGUGCCGGGCUGUCUCGUUUGUCUCACACCCAAACUCCCUCAAACCCUCAACUCCAAGGUGCCUCUAAUGCUCAGACCUCGCCCAGGGAACAGCAGCAUUCCCCAUUUGGGGUUCUUUCCCAGUAUCAGAUGCAAAACAUGCCAAGUGAUAUGGACCAAUCUUCUAUGGAACUCAUGCAGCAACUUUUGAUGCCCCCUAGCACGCAAACAGAGCAUUGACAUCCUUUACAAGACUCGUCAAUAUUUUAAAAUGACCUAUAAUAUAUCUAAGAGUUGAUACACUCUUCUCGAAUAUGGAGACUUGGUCAUUUUUACUCAUCUGGAGCAUUGACUCAGUUGCGAGCAGUGAUUCAACAGCAAGUAGUGACUCAAUAAAGACCCACCAUAGAAAAAAAGCUCUGCCUUAAAAGAAAAAUUCACCCUUUUAAAACAUCUUCUUGAUAAACACGCCCUGUAAUGAAAACAAUUUUUGUCAUGUCUACUGAUCAGCAAUCUGCCAUAAAGCCUUGAUAGAGGUGGUUUGACGAGCCUUUGCCGUGCCUAUGAAGGCGUGAGACACUUUGAAAGAGCUAUGAAGUACCUACACGUCUACACGAGAUGAAAUAAAGAGAAUUCUGCCAGGUGACGUGCUGAAGAUGAACUGAAAAUGGCCUUCAGAGGUUAAAAACUCAAGUAGCCAGAGGAUGGGCAUGAAGUUGUUUUUUCCUUUAGAGCAGCGUUUUUUUCAGAACUAAAGGAGUCUGCUACGAAAUGCGACUUUUGCAGUACAAAGCUGGCAUUAAGCUUGGGCGAUAUCGAUUUAUUUUAUUCACGAUAUAUCGCCGACAAUAUAUCGCGAUA